UGGCAAGAGUGAACUCCACCUGGUUAUCAAUCCUAACUCCAUCACUCACCAGCUCUGUGACUUGUUUAGUUAUUUAAUCUUUUUCAGUCUCAAUGUCCUCAUCUGGAAAACGGGAAAUGCCUACCGAGUAUUGAACUGUCAAGACUAAAUGACACAUGAAAAGCACACUGAACAAUGUUUAAUCCACGGUAGGCUUUCAGCAAAUAGUGGUCUCUAUUAUUUUUUGCAACAGGGUGUUAUAUAAGAAUAAGGCAUUAUCAAGACGAUUUUCGCCUAUCAAAUGUGUUGGCUGUGUGUACAUCAGACCUUUUCCUGGAAUGAAGGUAGAAAAGUAUCAACAAUAAAGGAUGGGGAAAGCCCCGUAAAUGAUAACCUUUGCCCCAGAGGGAAACGAUGGGCAGCGGAGGGGAAAGUAAAGGGUAGCAAGCUAGAAAAAUUAGACAUCCAGGGUAGGAGGGCUGGCACUGGAGUGGGUUGCCACAGUAGGGAGGGGACUCAGAGCUGGAGGCAAUUCCUUUGGCCGGGCUUGUCCUGCGUCUUACCGUGGGGCAGCGCAAUGUGGAGAGGCCUGGUAAAAUGGCUGGGCAAGGGUGCGGAGGGGACAUAACUGGCAGGAAGGAGUCAUGAUUCGUGGUCGAACAGAGUCCAGACCAGCUCGACCUGUGAGCAACGAACGGCCCUGCGACUCGCAUACCCCAAUACCGGUAGUGGCCGUGAAGGGCAAAGAAAUGUGUUCUGAGGCGUUCCCAGCAUCUAAGCUGCGACCGGUCUACUCAGAGACUGGAUGGAAGCUGGGAAGAGAAAGCUGCUUCCCGCUUCGGGGUGAGGGAUGGAGGAAGGGAGAACAAGCAGUAGAGAAGGAAAAGUUUCAGAUUCCACAGCCCCGGGGGGUCACUCGUGCUGGACCUACUCCGACCCCCUACGGCCGGGAGUGAAGGGGGGACUUCUGCGGUUACCAGCGGAAAUGCCUCGGGGUGAGAAGUCGCAGGAGAGAUAGACAGCUGCUGAACCAAUGGAACCAGCGGAUGGGGCGGAUGUUAUCUACCAUUGGUGAACGUUAGAAACGAAUAGCAGCCAAUGAAUCAGCUGGGGGGGCGGAGCAGUGACGUUUAUUGCGGAGGGGGCUGCUUCGAAUCGGCGGCGGCCAGCUUGGUGGCCUGGACCAAUGAACGGCCUCCAACGAGCAGGGCCUUCACCAAUCGGCGGCCUCCACGACGGGGCUGGGGGAGGGUAUAUAAGCUGAGUAGGCGACGGCGCGGUCGACGCCGGCCGAGACAGCACAGACAGGUUGAGCUAUUGGGGUGUUUCGCGAGUGUGCGAGGGAAGCGCCGCGGCCUGUAUCGCUAGACCUGCCCUUCGCCUGGUUCGUGGCGCCUUGUGACCCCGGGCGCCUGCCGCCUGCAAGUCGGAAACUGCGCUGUGCUCCUUUGCUGCGGCCUGUGGCUGGACUGCCUGCGACGCCCUGCCUGCUGCUGCCCAACUGGCUGGCAAGAUGAAGCUCUCCCUGGUGGCCGCGAUGCUGCUGCUGCUCAGCGCGGCGCGGGCCGAGGAGGAGGACAAGAAGGAGGACGUGGGUACCGUGGUCGGCAUCGACCUGGGGACCACCUACUCCUGCGUCGGCGUGUUCAAGAACGGCCGCGUGGAGAUCAUCGCCAACGAUCAGGGCAACCGCAUCACGCCGUCCUAUGUGGCCUUCACUCCUGAAGGGGAACGUCUGAUCGGCGAUGCCGCCAAGAACCAGCUCACCUCCAACCCCGAAAACACGGUCUUUGACGCCAAGCGGCUCAUCGGCCGCACGUGGAAUGACCCGUCUGUGCAGCAGGACAUCAAGUUCUUGCCGUUCAAGGUGGUUGAAAAGAAAACUAAACCAUACAUUCAAGUUGACAUUGGAGGUGGGCAAACAAAGACAUUUGCUCCUGAAGAAAUUUCUGCCAUGGUUCUCACUAAAAUGAAAGAAACCGCUGAGGCUUAUUUGGGAAAGAAGGUUACCCAUGCAGUUGUUACUGUACCAGCCUAUUUUAAUGAUGCCCAACGCCAAGCAACCAAAGACGCUGGAACUAUUGCUGGCCUAAAUGUUAUGAGGAUCAUCAACGAGCCUACGGCAGCUGCUAUUGCUUAUGGACUGGAUAAGAGGGAGGGGGAGAAGAACAUCCUGGUGUUUGACCUGGGUGGCGGAACCUUCGAUGUGUCUCUUCUCACCAUUGACAAUGGUGUCUUCGAAGUCGUGGCCACUAAUGGAGAUACUCAUCUGGGUGGAGAAGACUUUGACCAGCGUGUCAUGGAACACUUCAUCAAACUGUACAAAAAGAAGACUGGCAAAGAUGUCAGGAAAGACAACAGAGCUGUGCAGAAACUCCGGCGCGAGGUAGAAAAGGCCAAACGGGCCCUGUCUUCUCAACAUCAAGCAAGAAUUGAAAUUGAGUCCUUCUAUGAAGGAGAAGACUUUUCUGAGACCCUGACUCGGGCCAAAUUUGAAGAGCUCAACAUGGAUCUGUUCCGGUCUACUAUGAAGCCCGUCCAGAAAGUGUUGGAAGAUUCUGAUUUGAAGAAGUCUGAUAUUGAUGAAAUUGUUCUUGUUGGUGGCUCGACUCGAAUUCCAAAGAUUCAGCAACUGGUUAAAGAGUUCUUCAAUGGCAAGGAACCAUCCCGCGGCAUAAACCCAGAUGAAGCUGUAGCGUAUGGUGCUGCUGUCCAGGCUGGUGUGCUCUCUGGUGAUCAAGAUACAGGUGACCUGGUACUGCUUGAUGUAUGUCCCCUUACACUUGGUAUUGAAACUGUGGGAGGUGUCAUGACCAAACUGAUUCCAAGGAACACAGUGGUGCCUACCAAGAAGUCUCAGAUCUUUUCUACAGCUUCUGAUAAUCAACCAACUGUUACAAUCAAGGUCUAUGAAGGUGAACGACCCCUGACAAAAGACAAUCAUCUUCUGGGUACAUUUGAUCUGACUGGAAUUCCUCCUGCUCCUCGUGGGGUCCCACAGAUUGAAGUCACCUUUGAGAUAGAUGUGAAUGGUAUUCUUCGAGUGACAGCUGAAGACAAGGGUACAGGGAACAAAAAUAAGAUCACAAUUACCAAUGACCAGAAUCGCCUGACACCUGAAGAAAUCGAAAGGAUGGUUAAUGAUGCUGAGAAGUUUGCUGAGGAAGACAAAAAGCUCAAGGAGCGCAUUGAUACUAGAAAUGAGUUGGAAAGCUAUGCAUAUUCUCUAAAGAAUCAGAUUGGAGAUAAAGAAAAGCUGGGAGGUAAACUUUCCUCUGAAGAUAAGGAGACCAUGGAAAAAGCUGUAGAAGAAAAGAUUGAAUGGCUGGAAAGCCACCAAGAUGCUGACAUUGAAGACUUCAAAGCUAAGAAGAAGGAACUGGAAGAAAUUGUUCAACCAAUUAUCAGCAAACUCUAUGGAAGUGCAGGCCCUCCCCCAACUGGUGAAGAGGAUACAGCAGAAAAAGAUGAGUUGUAGACACUGAUCUGUUAGUGCUGUAAUAUUGUAAAUACUGGACUCAGGAACUUUUGUUAGGAAAAAAUUGAAAGAACUUAAGUCUCGAAUGUAAUUGGAAUCUUCACCUCAGAGUGGAGUUGAAACUGCUAUAGCCCAAGUGGCUGUUUACUGCUUUUCAUUAGCAGUUGCUCACAUGUCUUUGGGUGGGGGGGAGAAGAAGAAUUGGCCAUCUUAAAAAGCGGGUAAAAAACCUGGGUUAGGGUGUGUGUUCACCUUCAAAAUGUUCUAUUUAACAAUUGGGUCAUGUGCAUCUGGUGUAGGAAGUUUUUUCUACCAUAAGUGACACCAAUAAAUGUUUGUUAUUUA